AUGGGUGGACGAAUGAUGUGGAUGUGGUUCCACACGCACAUUAACGAUACUCUCCUCUUCAAAGAUUGGUGGAUUCAGAAUGCAGGAACCAUGGCAUGGUCAUGCAUAGUUGUUGUGAUGUUUGCUAUUGGACUCGAAGCUGUAAGAUGGCUGCGUUGGGCUGCCGAAGUUCGCCACACUACCGAAAAAACGUGA